AUGGGUCUGGUCUUCUUCUUGCGGCUCUUGAGGGCCCCCUCUCGGCUCCCCUCUUUUGGCACGGUCUUCUCCUCUCGCACCACGAUCCUGGGGACGCUCCAGCCCGGGUCUUCGCUGGUGCGCAGUGGUUUGGGAGGCGGGACAUCUGCACCUCCCCUCCUCUGCACCAGGGGACUCUCGGGCCGCGCCUCCACUCUGCGCAGAGCAACCUCCACAGGCGUCCUGCGGCCUGAGGCGUCGUCCUGGAGACGCGGUGUGACCCUCUGCACCAGCGGGCUCGGAGGCCGCUUCUCUCUGCGCGGCGCCUCCAGCUGCUGCACCAGCGGCGAUGACGACCGCUGA